AUGCCAUUGGAAUUACUCCCAAAUAAAUCAGAGGCAUCGCAUGAACAUCUAGAAAGAAAGAUCAUCAAUCUGCCCUCAUAUCUUCUAGCCUUUAUGCUUAUUUUCCUAACAAUACCGUGUAAUGUUGGUAUCUGUAUUUUUCUGAAUAUCGAUCCCAGACUUUCUAACCUUGGGAUAGGUGACGAUGUGGUUGGUGCAUUCUCCACCAAACUUCCUGGGUUGGCUUUCACUCUGAUCAAGUUUGCAAGUCAAUCUGCGUUUGUUGUUGCAACUGUUUUGCUUACAUCUCUGUUACUUGACUUCUGUGUCAGAAUGGAAUUCUUAAGCAGCAUGGAGCCUGUUUUGACCAUCCGCCCUGCGACCUUCAGUGGAAACGACUAUCCAAAUAUCACCGAGUUGAAAAAUUUCCCACUACUGAAUGGAUACCAAAGACUUGAGAGACAUCAGCCCGAGAUACAAAGUGAAACACUACACAAGCCAUUUGACUGCGGUUUGUUUACUUGUCAACGCCAAGUGCCAGCUGAUCGCGAAGGGGUCGAUGUAAAAUACGGAUGUGGCUACGUAUGGAGUUCCAAACACGCUCAAGGCCAAAAACAAACUUGCACUUCUACUUCCACGGAUUGUAAUAAUCUUAACUCCGAAUCUGUUCCUCUCAAGUUUUACUCCGAAUAUUUGACUUCUAAACAAUUAGGUAUACAUGCCUCAUUGAGUGAAGUAACGGCAACCCAAAACCGACUAGUCUAUGCGUGUGCUUGUUCUCUGGUAGAGAAUGGAACUGAAAUGCAAGACAGAAGCACAUGUACUGGUGCCGAUACCAUCAAUGGGACACUUUCGCAACAGUUUUGUGAUCGCGACAGAUACAGCUGUUUGAGUUAUAACCUUGCACGGCCUAAUGGACAAGUGUCAGUCAGUUACAUGGAACCGUUGAAUGGCUGCAUACAACCAUACAGUGGAGUACUUCACGGAUGUUAUUAUCCUGAAGCUGGAGAUAAUGACAUGAUCACCUCUGUGUGA